UUCUAUACCGCCCUUCUCCGAAGACUCAGGACGGUUUACAGCCAAGUUAAAAAGACAUGUACAAAAGUUAAAAUACGAUAUUUCAAUUUAAAAAUCUGAUUCCAUAGGCCAAAUUAUUAAAAUAACAAGUAGAACUAUAAAACCACCAUCAAUAAAACCACCCAUUAAAAUUGCCCUUAGGCCAGCCCUGCUCGGUGAAACAAGAAGGUCCUGAGCUCGUGCUUAAAGGUCCGGAGGUCGGGGAGUAGGCGUAGUCCCAAAGGUAAUUCAUUCCACAGGGUAGGUGCCCCCACAGAGAAGGCUCUUCCCCUGGGGGCCACCUGUCGACACUGUUUGGCUGACGGCACCCUGAGGAGGCCCUCUCUGUGAGAGCGCACAGGUCGAUGGGAGGCUAUUGGAGGCAGUAGGUAGUCCCGUAUAGUUUGCACUAUUCAGGUGACCCUGAGAACACAUAAACCUCCAAGUGCUCUCUAAAGAUGCAAAUGACCAGCUGUCUGUAAGAAAUAUAAAUCCUUCCAUUCCCCACUAUCUAAUCAGAGCUAAAGAAGUUUCGUGGAUGAAAAGUGAAAUGUCUUCAAAGAAAAAACAGAAAGUCCAGUUGUCUCUUGAAAAAAACACCUUUGGGACAACCAUGACCUGGAUGACCCAGAAUCGCUAUAGACCUGAAAAUGACUUAAUGACACAUAAUCAGCCACUCCAGACUACAUCAUCCUUUCUUUUAUUUUUGACAGACUUUUACUUAUUUUUAAAAAUAAAUUAUUCUUCUUUGCAGCCAUAUAGUGUCUAAGGCCAUAUAAAACUGGACAUUAAGAGGAGCAAAAAUUCCAAUAUAAAUACAGAUGUAGACUUGUGAAGCAAGGAGGGGCAGAAGGUGUAGGGGGCUUGCAAUACAGUAGUUCAUCGAUCACCAGAUAGUUCCUAUAGAUUCCCGAGGGUUUCUGCUCCGUUGUGAUAGUGUUUAAAAAACCAAAUAGCAUUCUAAAUAAAGAUCCUUUGACCCCUGUGAACUGGGAGGGGAGGGGGAAAACCCGAACUGGAUGCUUUGAAAGGAUAGUCCGCAGAUUCCCCAGCUGGAGGAUGCACCUGCUUCUCGCUGCUUUGCUGUGUUUGUGGGCUGCGCGCGCCUGUUGUCCUCCGGGGACUCUAGCAAAAACCGAAGCGGUUGAAGUCGGCCGACGGGACAGAGCGACAGGUUCCUUCGGGACAGCCGGAGGCGGCAAGACAGCCUGGGGUGAAAUAUUAGCCGGCCUGGAUCGGCGGCGGUGCUCCUACUCGCGCUUUCUUCCCUCUGGCCGGCUGCCGGAGUUACCUCGGACUUUGGGGAGAUGGAUCUUCCUUUGGAGGAACCUCCAACCCAGUCUCCAUCAGAAUCACUAUCAGCACCUCCAAAUUCUAUGCCGGUGUGUGAGCUCCAGACUGCCGUGUCUUGUUUUGCAGAGGAAACAGUGUCAUUCCUCUCUGUCAAUAGUUUGUUAAGCCAAUCCCUGCUCAGGGCAGCUGGCAGCCUGGGGGCACAGCAGAAAGAGCAAGGAGUGCCGUCAGCCAUGGCCCGGCGCAAGCGUGAAUUCACCCCAGAUGAGAAGAAGGAUGAUGGCUACUGGGACAAGAGGAAGAAGAACAACGAAGCAGCCAAACGCUCUCGAGAGAAACGGCGAGUCAGUGACUUAGCCCUGGAGGGACGAGUUUUGGCCCUGCUGGAGGAAAAUGCCCGCCUGAAGGCAGAACUCCUAGCCCUCAAGUUUCGCUUUGGCUUGAUCCGGGAUCCAGUAGAAGCUCCUCAACCCGCACUUACACUGGCCAGUGAACUCCAUCGGUCAGCCACUCUACCCCAGCACUUCCCAGUGGCUCCUGAACUCCCCCGCUACCCUUGCACCUUCCACCCAGAUCCAGCUACCAGCUCUGAGGACUCUGGCUUUUCCACCCCAGGAAGCUCCAAUCUGGGAAGUCCUGUCUUUUUUGAGGAACGUGACAGGUCAGAGGAAGGAAUUAUGUAUGAGAGGCAUUGCCUGGUACCUGAUGCUUCAGCUGAUGGAGCUGAUCUGGGCCGUGUUGGCCGUUACGACUCUGGGGAGACCAUCAAAGGUCUUCCCCACAAGUUGCGCUUCAAAAUGGCGGUAGGGUCGGAGGAGAUAGCUGGAGAACAAUCUGGACAUUGCCCACCUUCUCCACCAGGAGGAACAUGGAGGGGGCUGGUGACACGGAAAGAGCAGCCAAGCACAGGGUGUUCUGCAGGUACCCUGGCAGUUGAGAGUAAUUGUGAAACAGAAGUCCCUGGGGGCCCUCAAGAACCUGAGUACCAGGCAGAGAAUCGCUCCCUACAGUGUCAGCUGGCUUCCCUUUCAGCUGAAGUGGCCCAGCUGAAAAAACUGUUCUCUGAACAAAUCCUCAUCAAGAUGAAUUGAAGGGGGGAGGCAAAGAUCGAAUGGGGUCACUUUUCUUCCCUUCUUUCCUAAGGCUACCAAAUAUUGGCUGCAAAAAUUGAAUUACUACUAGAGGGUAGGAAAGAGCUAACUUUUUAUCCAUUUCUUUGCUGCCAUAUGAAGUAGUCAAGAAUUGUGCAGCCCAAAUCUUGUAUCCUUAUUUUCCUCCUUACCCCAUCUUCCAGUGCUUCACAUGUUUACAUUUGCAUACAUUUAACCCUGGGAGUUUACUUUUGUUGUAAAGAUUUGUAUUAAGGAAAGCCCCUCCGCCUUUUAACUGUGUGCUCUUUCUUGCUCUUUCCACAUUCUACAUGUAGUUAAGGGAGGCCACCUAGCAUGGGAAUGCUUGGUUCAGUUUUGGUGGGGUGAAUGGGGCACAGCUACUGCUGGCAUCCUGGAGAGAAAGACUGAUGUGGCUCUGCAGUUUGUCAGCCUUUGGGAACUGUCCUGUUUGCCAUACCUAAGAAAGAUGACACUAAUCCAGAUGAGCUUCUGUUAGAUAAAUACAUCUGUUCUUAAAAAGCAGGCAUUGCCUAUAUCAGGCCAAGGGUUCAACAGCUGCCCAAAUGCAUUUUGGAUGCUAGAAAUGUGGAUCUGAGGGCAAAAGCUGUACCUCAUUGAUCUCCAGCAGCUGUUACACAAGGUAUAUAAUGCUCUGCAUGGUCCAUAAGACCAGUAAUAGUUGUCAGUUCGAUCAGGGCUACGUUAAAUGGACUGCAAAACUCUGAAUGACCACUGGGUGGUAGCAGAGAACCAUUUAGUGAUGGCCUUGGAUUUUGUAUCCUAUAUCCGAUUUGUUUAUUAGUGUCAGAAGCGUCACCAUUAAAAUUAGGCAUACUAUACAACAUAAAAUAUAAAAUAUAAGAGCAAAAUAUGUAAAUUUAAAUAGACCUUUCCCGGAAACUAGUAACAUUUGUUGCAUUCUGUCGUGCUGCCGUGAGGUCCUCAAUUGUGCAUUGAUCAGGAUACAAAGGACAGGUAUACAAAUGUGUUGCUGUCUGCAUGUCAUCACAAUUGCGAAGGAGCCUGCCCGAAGAAUGUGUGCUGUUAACACAUUUGGGUGUCCCCUGGGCAACAGCUUAUAGCUGGCUAAUCCUCUCGAUCCAGAAGCAUCUGAAGGGUAGUAAGAUGCUAGACCUAGUAACCUUAAGUACGAUCUUCCAUGAAGCUAGGUAUGUACUAUAUUCCUUUAAGAGUUACAUUAGUUGCUAUUGUGAUCUGGACUUCAGGUAAAUAAUCAUUAGAAAAUUGUUCCUGAGCCCAAGUAGAUUCCAGGCUGCCUUUUGUAACUUCUUUCUCCCCAUUUGGUUUGUCUAGGUAGACACUUGAAGUAGAUUAUGAUGAACAUUCACAUAGUCCUCAAUUUAUAACGGUUUGUUUAGCAACUGUUUGAAGUUACAACAGUACCAUUAGUCCUCACACUUAACAACAGUUGCAGCAUCUUCCAAUCAUGUCAUCAGAAUUCAGCCACAUAGCAACCGGUAUGUAUUUAGAACAGGUGCAGGAUCCUGGGGUCACCAUUUGCGACAUUCCCACAUGGCAUCUGAUAAGAAAGGUCAAUGGGGAUGCCAGAUUUGCAUAACAAAUGUGUGAUUCACUUAACAACUGUAGUAAUUCGGUUCACUUAAUUGUGACAAAAAGGUUGUAAAAUUGUGCAUAACUGACUUAACAACCAUAGCAAUGGAAAUUCUAGUCCUAAUUGUGGUUGUAAGUCAAGAACUAUCUCUACAUCAGCUGUAAAGAUGGGUGAACCCAGGAAAAUUAGCGAACUGGUUUAGAACAAAGUCUCUGGAUUCGUCAUUACUUUUCCUAGUACUUCAGAUGUGCCUGGAAGCUGACUCUGAAGUUUGAGACUGUGCUAAAAGUAUUCUGCACAUGUUCCAACAUGCUCUUUAUCCAUAUUUUAUCUGUUUCAGUGUGAAAAUUUGACAUUGCAAGUAUUCUUUGAAGAACUGUUAGCUUAUUAGUCAUCUGUUUUUGAAGUUUGUUGUUUCAGUGAUUUAAUAAACACUUGGAUUACUGUAUCCUCAACCUGUAUUCCUUUGAGAUAUGAUACCAUAUUGUACUUUAGUAAAUAUUUUCAGUUGUCAGCACAGUGCUAACAUUUUUCUAACUUUCCCAUCACUUCCUCCAUCAUUUUUUCUCCUACAAAAUAAUCUUGAAUGGGAAAAGAUGAAUGAAACCCUGAUAGCUUCUGACUGUAGUACUAGAAAUCUUCUGUCUGGAAGAAUGAAAAAUAUACCUUCAUAUAAUUUAUUGUGAUGAUGCCUCU